AUGCAUUUCCUUUGCUUCCUUUUGCUCUUGCAGCUUUCGUGGGCACACGAUUUCAGUUUCGUCAGAAGAGAACGUAAUCCCGAAUCCCAGGUAUCGCAGCAAAUAUACUUGAGUGAAAAGCCAAUUCCGGCGACUCGAUUCAAGGCCGCCGAAUGUGGCAAAAUAAGCAGAAAACAGCUUGUGAACUUGGUGAGUGACUAUCCAAAUGUUGUUCUUGUGUGUGAAAAAGAACAGACGGUUCUCUACCCUGCUCAGCAUAAUGAAGAUCUUUACGCAGAUAAAUUACAAGGCGUUCCACAAAAAUACAAGCCUUGUAUUGCCGGUAAGAAAGGUUGCCGAAAGUAUUUCUUUACUGAAGUCGCCAUUAACACCACCGAGGAUACGUCUGAUUUCAGGUUUCCCUUGGCAUCUUGUGUAAGCUUGCCUGGCAAAAACACAAGCGGAAUUACGGAGAUUGCUCUUUCGAUCUUCUACGGACGAACCGGCAGCUCUUCGUACGGCAUAGCAUGGUCAACUCCAUGGCUUCUGGCUCUGUACGGAACAUCUAGCGAAUUCACCAACUCAAAGAUGAUUUCUCUCGAUCACCUGUGCAAUUUCAACUCAACGUUCACCCGACCUGUUCUUUCGGUUUCCACAAUGAAAGCAAUUGUACGGGACCGUCUCUGGGCGGUUGAUUUGAGAAGGAAAAAUCCAAUUUUCAAGUUUGAUUGGCGAAAUUCGACCCUGGAGGUUUUUACUUCCCAGGCUCCUUUUCUUUCUUGCGUAAGCCAGACAUUUGUUCCUGGGAUCUGUGAUUGGGACCUGGACCAGGCAAAAGACCGCUUGGGUAACUUGGUCGACGUAAUUAACAGGUGA